GGUUCCUGCCUGUAGGAUUUGGUGAUCCCCUGUUACUAGACACGGAAGCCUGUUAAGCGAAAGCUUCUUCUAUUCCGUCCACAACCAUUUGAACCAUUUGAACCAUUUGAACCAUUUGACUAGUACGUUACAGUUGGUUUUUGGCAAGUAAAAGUUUUAAUAUAGACAGAACUCAUUUGAUUUCUCUACAUAAAGUAAGGGUUAACAAUGAAGGUUGGAUGUAUUCAGACAUACGAUGCUUCUAUGCUUACCUAUGAUCAUAUCGAAGCUUCCAAUGUAAUACAGUUAGCUAAGGAACUUACAAAUACAAAACUACCAACAGAUAUUGAAGUGGAAUGGCUGUUAAAAGCAAUUUGCUUAAUCGAUUUAACCACAUUAGCUGGGGAUGAUACACCUGUCAAUGUACAAAGACUUUGUGUAAAAUCAGUUCAUCCGCUAAGUGAAUGCGUUUUGAAUAAAAUUGAAAAUGCGUUCAAUAUGAACCUACAAGAUUUAAGAACAGCUGCUGUAUGUGUUUAUCCAUAUCAAGUUAAAACAUGUACAGAAACUUUUAAGAAAUUAAAAUUACCAAAUUUUAAUAUUGCUUCUGUUGCUACUGGUUUUCCUACUGGACAGUAUCCCUUAGAAACUCGGCUAUUGGAAAUUAAAUCAGCUAUAAAUGAUGGAGCGAAUGAAAUUGAUGUGGUAAUAAAUAGAACAUUAGCUUUACAAGGUGAUUGGGAAGGAGUUUAUAAUGAAGUAUGUGCGAUGCGUAAAGCUUGUGGUGAUCAAGCACACUUAAAGACUAUUCUUGCUACUGGUGAAUUAAGCAGUUAUGAUAAUGUUUAUAAGGCUUCAAUGGUUUGUAUGUUAGCUGGAGCAGAUUUUAUUAAAACAUCUACUGGAAAAGAAACAGUCAAUGCAACACUCCCAAUUUCAUUGGUUAUGGCUAGAGCUAUUCAAGAUUUCAAUGAAGUAUAUGGCAUCAAGGUUGGUUUCAAACCUGCCGGUGGUCUUCGUACAGCUAAAGAUGCCAUCGAUUAUCUCCAAUUAAUCGAUAAUAUUCUUGGCUCUGAUUGGAUAAAUCCAGAUUAUUUACGAUUUGGAGCUAGUUCAUUAUUGGCCAAUAUUGAAACUCGACUAUACAGUCUAUGCCAUAAUGGUUUAAUACCAUUACCUGGUGAAUUAGACUUUUUCUAAUUUUUGAUUACCUUUUUUCUUCUUCUUGUUUUCUUUCAAUUUAUUCGAUUUGAUUAUUUUUGAUUAUGUUUGCCUUAAUUUUGUUGUUGUUGAAAAAAAAGGUCGUUUCUAUCAAUUUUUAAAAAAAAAAAUUUUGAUAAACCAAACGCUAUUUAUAUUUUGUACACAUUUCGUUUUGACUAUAAAAAGAAUACAAAGAGGUGUGGUGAUAGAAGUAGAGAGGAAAGCAAAACGAAAAAAAAUACAACAACAACAACUGUAUGUUUAGUCAAUAGGUUUUUUUUUGUUUAACGAAAAAAAAGAGAAAUAAAUGACAAGGGAUUUCUAUUUACGCCUAUUCUCAUUUGUUCCUUGUCGAUUUUCACUGUGAAUCCCUCUGACACUUACUUUUUAGGUUUGUGUGUAUCAUAUAUAUAUAUAUAUAUAUAUAUAUAUAUAUAUAUAUAUAUAUAUAUAUCCUUUCAGAGAAAGGUCAGAGGACGAAACCAAAGUGAAGAAACUUAGGAAAGUUAACAAAACCAUGAAGUAUAGUAAUGAAUGAAUAGAGAAAAACAAAAAAAGAGAAGUAAAUCCAUAAUAAACAAAAAAUCAAUACAUUUUAUCACAUUGUAUACCUUUUAUUUUCUACAUAUUUCUUCAACAUCCUCUUUCUAUUAAUAAAUAUUAUUGUGAACAUUCAAUAAUAAUGAUAAUAAUCCAAGAUAAUUGUAUAUUAUAUUCGAUUAAUCGAUAUAGAGACAUGUGGGUGGGUGUGUAUGUAUGUAAAACAUUAAGAUAAUAAUGAGAAAUGUAUUCAUGUAUGAUUGAUUGAUUGCCGGCUUUAAGUAGUAUUCAUCAUAAUACGUACACGAGAACAUGUAGCUGGUCAUGUUUUAUUUUCUUCUUCUUCUUCAAAUAACUAUUAUAAUCCUUAUGAUAUACAUUUAUUGAGAAUGAUGUUUGAAUGUGUUUAUAAAGUUAGAUGGAAAUCAUGAAUACAGGAACAACAAUAAAAUCAAAGAGAUUAGAUUACACAAAUACAACAAAUAUAAAUGAAGUUAAUCAGAAAAUGAUCAUCAAUCUGUUCUCCUAUCGUCUUUUAAUUAUUAACUAUGAUUAGUGAAAUACUUGCAAAAAAAAAUAUAAAGAAAGAUAAUACACAUAAAACAUCGUUAUUAUGAUGAUGGGUAGUGGGGAUCACUAUCAAAAACACGAACGUCAGUAAUUGCAUUCUUCUUCUAUAUAUAUAUCUCUCUCUCUACAAUUCGUGUACAUGAAACAAUGUAAACCACUAAUGAAAAAUGAUAGGUUUCUCUGAACACAUUUUUCCUCCCUUUAAAUUCAUGUCUGUCACUUGUAAACAUUAUGAUGUAUAUAUCUUUCAACUUAAGGGAUAGACAAAAACUGUAAUAGGGAUCAGGAAAUGCGAAAAGAAAUUGAGCAAU